CUCAUGCAUAAUAGUUAUUUAAUUCUAUCCCUACGCAUGUGUUCUUGUCUGCAUCUGGUACCUUGCUUCGUUCAGGGCUCUGUGCUCUGCAUGACACGCGUGCCGCGCGGGCGAUGGAUGGUGGUGCCCAGAAGCUAGCCCGACGAUCCCCUACAGCCCGCUUUUUUAUGGUCCUUGUGUCCACUGUGUGCUGGAGCUGGCGUUUUUUUUUUUUCUGACACGGCUCUAGCGCCCUGUGCAAGUCCACUGUAGCUGCCAGCCCCGACGAUAUAGCGCUCCAUGCCUACUUCCGGGCAAAUGCUCGGGGGCCAACCCACUAGACUGGCUGUACGGCUGGGUACUGUACGUACUUGUCUGCCAUAGGCUCUUGUAGAGCGGCCCACUGUGGUCCAAGUGCUGAAGCAUGUCUUGCACUGCUAGCACACCACUAAACAAAGUUUUUUUCUUCCUUCUUACUGGGCUCUGGCACCUUCUGCUUAGCUGCCCCUCUUUGCCAUUGCAAAACUCCGCUUGUCGACUGGCCCCGUGUGCAGCCAUCCAACGCCGCAGCGUUCCGCUGGUGACCCUUUCCCACUCCAUGCAAUCUCAUCCCAAAAGCCAACCCGCUGCCAAAACCACCGUCGGCUGCACCUCCCCCGGAUUUACCUAACCCGACCACCACCACCACCGCCCGCCAUCCUCUUCUCUUCGCCACAACACCACCACCACCAACCACUGCUCACCCCUCCUUCGCGACGUCCGACCCUUCCCCUUCCACAUCGAUCUUGGCAGAUUUCUCACCUGGCGCUGCAUUUAUACCGGAAGCCUCCCAGCGCAUCGCCCAUUGCCGCCCGCCCGAACCGACGCUUCCCCUCUCUUCCCGGCCAUCUCCGCGUCGACUUGAUGUGGUAAUUCGCAUUACCCGUCGCAACCACAACACGGCGCUUCUGCCUCUGCUCCAGCUGCCAUAUAUCCAACAAUAUCCAAUAUCACCGUCACCAUGUCCGACGAUUCUUCUGCGAGACGGGCCACCUCCCAAGAUGGCCAAGCCGUCCCGGCCUCGCAAGCAUCCCAGAUGUCGACGUUCGCCUUCACCCCCUCGCCAUAUCAGCAACGUGAAAUGCAAAAGAAUUUUGUCUUUGUCGACGAGCACAACCGCCACAAGCGUUUGAAAGUUAUGCGAGCCUGUGAAGGCUGCCGACGACGAAAAAUUAAAUGCGAUGCUGCGACAACAAACACUUGGCCUUGCUCAGCCUGCAUCCGCCUGAAGCUUCACUGUGUUCGGCCAAAUGGCUUCGACGAUAACGCUCCGGCGGGCCCAUAUGACAAUCUGAUGACGCCUGAUCAGUUCCAGCAGAUGCAAAUGCAAAUGCAACUAUCGCCGCAGUCGGCCCAUCCUAAGGGCAUGGACGACCCGUACGCUGCCGACCCUGCUUAUUCAGAUCCCAGUGGUGGCAUGUUCAACGCUAUACCAUACGACCCGUCGCAACCUCAGCAGCAGGAUAUACACUACACUACCGUCCCCCCAAACAUGGUGGACAACCACUUUGUCGCCGCUCAAAGCAACGCGUUUCCUACGCCCCCCAUGCACCAAGGGCCUCGACAGGAUUCUUCGCCAGAUGCCCACUCUGUGGACUCGUAUCAACAGCAAGAUCUCGCCAACCUGCUUGGUGGUUUGAAACUUAAUGAACUAGGUACAGCCCCAUACCUGCGAAGCAAAGCCUCCUUCCGACGCGGCGAUGAUGAACCAGUCGUUGAAGACGACGGUGAUUACGGCAGCGCUCUGCCACCCAUUGCGAUUGCCCCAGGCUCCAAGAUCCGCAUCCCGCCUGAGCUGAUGCCGGACGAUGAGACGGCCCAGCAUUUCUUCGACUUGUAUUUCGAACAUAUCCACCCUUUUGUUCCCGUCUUAUAUAAGCCACACUUUUAUCAGCAGUGGAGGACUGCACGCCAUACCAUCUCGCCGUUGAUUCUGGAGGCCAUCUUUGCCAUUGGUGGCCGCCUUACUGAAGAGCCAGCCAUGGGCCAACAAUGGCUAGCACUGGCAUCACGGCAUGCCGAUUCAUUCAUGGAUACUCCUCGCCUUAGCACGCUACAGGCGCUGUUGAUCAUCUUGAAAGCCCGAGAGGGUACUCCCAAGCGUGGGUAUUUCUGGCGCUCAUGGAUGACGGUAGUGCAGUGUAUCCAGAUGGCCAAAGAUUUAGGCUUGGACGAGCACUAUGAAGACCAUCAGCUUGGCCACGAUUGUGAUUGCAACCCAACCGACUGCCACUUGCGGACCCGAAUUUGGCAAACGAUCUUUGUCUGCGAAAUCAUGAUUGGAGGUUCGCAAGGGCGACAUGACUUUGGAGUAGGCAUGGAUACUGUUGACUUUAACGUCCCUGCUCCCAUUCCUGGAGGCGAUGAGGUUGAAUACAGCGUAUCGCGAAACUUUGUCUACUUUGCUAGAGUGGCUCGCAACAUUGGACGCAUGACCAAGUCGUAUAGCCGGCUGCGAAAACGCAAGGAUUGGGGCAUCGACCCUGAAUUCCAGCAGCUAGAGCAGACUUUCCGCACCUUUACAUCCGACCUUCCACAGGAUAUGGCGGUGACAUAUCCAACAGAUAACUCACCACCAUGGCUUCCCAGCUGCUUUGUCGGCAACCUGCUCUCGUAUCACCAACUUACCAUUAUCCUCUUCCAUCGACCUCCGCUCUCGUUCCUCGAUCCCAACGCAAACAGCGCAGAUUGGAAAAAGCACAUGGUGCACAGUUACAAGGCAGCCAAGGCAGUCUGUUUGCUACAGGAAGCUGUUGUGAAGCAGUAUGGAUUGACCGGAUUGCAGUGUAUCCAGCGAGGGUUCUCCUUCCCCUUGUAUGCUGGUCUCUCUUGCAUCGUCAUCCAUCUGGUUGCGAUUGUAUCGCCAGAUCCAGAUCUCAACACUGACGCUCGAGAGUUUUUCACACGACACAUGCGUAUUGUCGAACAAGUAAUGGAAGCGUGGCCUAUGCCAGAGCUCCAGGCCCAGGUUGAUACCGUUCGACUCGCCUUCUCCGCGGAUAUCAGGAAGCCCUUCCUUUUGAAGCCCUCGUUCCCGUAUAGCAGCCCACAGCCUUCUACGCUCUCUAGCCCGCCCCAGGUUUCCCAAGGAUUUAACCCAGGACUUGGCCAUACAGGUUCGUUUGAUCCACCACUGGACACCCGCCCAGCUCUUCUCUCUCCCUAUGGAACUCUCCCGGUAACACCUCCCACUUCUACAGGACCCAUGGGCAGCAAAAACGAAUCACCGUCGAUCCAGACGAUUGAUCUCACUCCCCAAAAUGGACAUUUGGCUGCGAUGCAGCAGCAGAACCUUGCUGUGCCAGAUCACAAUUGGAAUCCAUCCAAAAUCUUUGAACAAUGGAACACAACGUUUGCGGUUCCUCCGCCUCCGUCGCAAACAAGCUCGGCAAACAUGGGUCUGUCACCCGAAGGCUCAGAAGUCGCCGCCCCCGGGAUCCACGAUGUGCAGUCUAUCGCCAACACAAUCCCUGUUGUCCAUCAUCAAAUAUCACCACAAGACUACUCCGGAGCCGCCAACUUUGUCACUCCCGCAAUGUGGCAAGAGUCUGUGGCCAGUGUUUAUGAAGGUGGCUUGAAGCGAUCCUGGGACUACGAUGAGCAGGUCAUGAUCAAACGCGAGUAAACGCGGUUUACUGAUUGACCCGGCGCCAAAUGAACAAAUACAAUGAUUAUGAAUAUACGAUCACACCUAUCUAGGCGUUUUGUUGGAAAGUUUGAAGCGUGACGGGCCCAGUCUAUGGUAUCUGGGAGGGCCGUGCAUGAUGAAAUGUAUUAUAAAACUAAAAUGACAGUGCUUGUAGGUGGCUUUCGUUGACGGAUUGGAUAUGCUACAAUUGUAGCAAUGAUGUCUUUUUGUUUAUUUCUGUUUAUAUACUUCCUCUGGCGUCAAAGUCUUGAGACUCCAGGCAACUGGGUGGGAGAGGAGAUAUGAGGACAUUUAAUAUCUAACGCACAAUAUCAAUGGACAUACUGAAUCACAAUUUUCCCUAUGCCAAAAUGAGCAAUUAUAUAUUCUAUACUGUACAAUAAUAUUACACUAGUAGAAAGGAUUCUAGGCUACGUUGGCAGUGGAACGUUGCUGUAGCUUCUCCUUGAUUGUAUCCCAAAUCCAGGCCUCUAACAAAUCUUUCUUUUUCGCAGGAGCAGGCGAUGUUGUCGAUCCUCUUGUUUUUGCCUGCAAUUUAACCGACUGUUGCACUCCAGAUGAAAUACCUCGCCCGGCGAGGUUUGGGAGAUUGCGCUGUGGAGGGAUAUGGAAGCCAGACACUGCACGGAAGUGGUACCACUUGCGCGAUUCGUUCUCUUUAGUAGUGUCGCGUACGUAGUUGAUGAUGCCAAAACGUUGGCUAACGGGCUUGAGAUCUCCAGCAGCAACGCUGCUAUAGCGGGGCUUGCCAAUGAGACUCAUGGUGGUGAUGGUGAGUUUAGUAUCCUGAGGCAUGGCGCGGACGAAGCGCUCAAGUGCUGCGCGAGAUGCGCGAGCCUGUGCAGGCAGAUGGAUAUGCAUGUGUGUUACAAAGGGCGACGUUGUGUAUGCAAUGAAGAGAAGAGGCACGAUGCCACCCAGCGCAACUGUAGCACCGCGACGUUAGCUGAGUUGUCCC